CGGAAUCUCCACUCGUGCAGCAGCGAUGGCUCUUACCUACUAGAGUAUCUUGAGCCGCGGCUAUUCAAACCUUUGCCUCGCUUUUUGAGGCAAAAAGAUAAUAACCGGUGUCUCGCCGGACCAUGGGCCACAUGACCCGUCCCGGUCAUGUGACUCCGGAGCCCAGCGGCUGAUGUCUGUUACCCUGACAACUGAUGGACCUCUGACGGACCUUCCGGCAAAGCGCGGAAUUCGGAGACCAAAGUAGGUGAGGCGUGGACACUUGCUUCCAACUCGCCUGCCGAGACUGGCUUCAGAGCUUUAGUUACAGGUCAUUGCCUUCCUCCGCCUGGACUGCUCUGCAAGUGCGUCUUUGUCUUCCCGCCAACUCCGGAACCCGUGCUUCCUGGAGCAGGGACCCGGCCGAGCUGAGGACCCUGUCGUGUUUCCAAUGUUGUAAAUACUUUGGAAUGUUUACUUUGGGAAGUGAAAAUUACUGAGCAUGGCUCGCUAUUCCAAAGAAGAACUGGAUGAAGAGUUUGAACAGUUCAUGAAAGAACUUUCAGAUGAUUCUUUUGAAAAUUCAAGCAAAACAUAUAGACAACCCAAAAGAGAAGUGAAAAAGAAAGAUACAUUGCCGUGGUGGAUAACUGAGGAUGAUUUUGAAGAUGUUGGACUGCUUGGAACAAAUGUAAGCUAUUUGAAAACAAAGAAGACUUCUCAGCCUAUUAUGGAAUUAGAAGAGGAAGCUGCUGAAAGGAUUCAAUUUCUCAAGAGCAGUGGAACCUCUAUCAUAAGUCUUGACAGCUUAGAAACAAAUGAGAUAGUGGUUUCUGAGCUCAAUCAUAGUCCUCUCGGUUUGGGAUUGGACACAUUAGAAGAACAAGAGGAAAAAGAGCAGUUUUUUGCCAGACUUGAGAAAGGCUUAACAUCUUCCAUUGAUUAUUCAAGAUUAAAUAAGGAAUUGGAUUCUAAUGACUCCACACAUUUUAAAGCUUUACAUAGUAAUCAAGCUAAUAUAGAACUAACUGAAGAUAAGCAUGAGAAUGAAUCGAAUGAAGAACUGGCAGAAAAUUACAGUGAUGAUUUUGAAGAUGAGGAUAUUGAUGCACCUUUAACUACUAAAGAUGAAGAGACGAAGUCCAAAGAACAUUUCAAAUCAGAAAAAACAAAUGCACCCAAACAGGAAGAAGAAAAAACUGGCAUGCUGGCUAAAGUGGUGCUGCUUGAUUCAUUAGACUCUGUUGCAGAGGUCAACCUUGAACAGGAUAGAGCACCAACUAAGCCAAAGGCCCUGCCAGAAAUGACUGAUAAUGAAAUGACAGGAACAGGUGUUUCUUAUGGACAAAGCAAUAGUGACACUGAAGCUCUACAUCAGGCUUAUUGUCAUAUAGCCCAUUCUUUGGGAGAUGCAGAUGAACAAAGAAUUGAGAGUACUGCCGUGGAAAAUACUGAGAGCCCAGUGAAAGGUCAUCCUCAAGAAAAUGAAGAGUCCUCCAGAAACAUCUCUACUACAGAAUCUGAUCUGCCCACAGUAGAGGAGCUGAUGAAACCUAUCAGAAUAGAUUCCUUUGGGAUCAGUGGUGGUUUGGAUUCACAGCCUAUCAGCCAUAAGGAACUGACUGUUAGUAAAGAAACUGAAAUUUUAAGUCCUUUACCCUUUAAGGUGAAGCCAAAUGUCAUGUCUCAAGAGCCACAAAAUGUGAACCAAUUUUUUGACAAAAAUGAAGAAAAUGUGGUUUUACAAAAGACAACAAAUGAGGGUAUAGAAAAUAACUGUGCCAGAGUAAACACUACGGAAGAACAUAUAGAUAAAAUGUACCUUGAUAUUUUGAGGAAAAAACGAUCUGUUGGUCGUUCAUUAUUACCUCCGGAUGACAAAAUACAUAAAACUUUUAGAUCUCAGCUCAGUUCUGGAGAAGAAGGGGCUAUAAUUGGUAAACAGGUACCAUACAAGAAGCCCAGAAGUGCACCUUCUUUACUUAAAAGCAAACCCCAGGGUGGAUUAUAUGCAUCAGUUAGGAGCUCAGGCUAUGGAAAACCCAGUUCACCGUUCCAGACAUUUUCUACUCUUGCAAAGAAAUCUUCAAAGGACAUUAUGCAAAGCAAAAACUUGAAGUCCAUUUCCACCUCAAAUCAAGCUAGGAAAAAAGAGAUCUUAUCUGAAACAAAGCUCAUCAAGCCUGCAGCGUUGGGUAAACCAGCUCCCCAAACUGACAGUUACCAGGCUACUCCUAAGAGGUCUGAAGACCCUAGAGAAACUGAUUCCUGUCUUCAGUUACAGAAUGAUUCUUUAGGAUGCCAAGGUGGGAACACGGAGACAGAAUUAAUUAUGUUUAAAAGAGUUCAGGAAGCAGAGGAAAAAUGGAGGGGUGCACAAGCCCUGAUAGAGCAAAUUCAAGUCACAUUCUCAGAAAAAGAGAAAGAGCUGGAAAAUAAGAUGGAAGAACUAAAGAGACAACAGGAAAAGGAACUCUUCAAACUGAAUCAAGACAAUUAUAUUCUUCAAGUCAAGUUAAAUAGCUUUGAAGAAACAAACAAAAAACAAAGGUGGUUACAGUUUGGAGAAACAACUGAUCCUGUCACUGAGGAAAAAUUGAAGCAAAUACAAAAGGAAAUACAAGAACAAGAGACACUUCUUCAAGGAUAUCAACAGGAAAAUGAAAGAUUGUAUAAUCAAGUGAAAGAUCUCCAAGAACAAAACAAAAAAAAUGAGGAACGAAUGUUCAAGGAAAACCAGAGUUUAUUCAGUGAGUUAGCAUCCUUAAAAGAACAGAUGCAGCAAAGUCGUUUCCUGUCUCAAGUAGUUGAAGAGCCCACUGGAAACCAGAAUUUUACAGAUCUGUUAGCAGAACUACGGUUGGCACAGAAAGAAAAGAACAGUCUAUUGGAAGACAUUAAAAGACUGAAGCAAGACAAACAGGCCCUUGAAGUAGACUUGGAAAAAAUGAAGAAAGAGAGAGAUCAAGCCAAAGAACAGAUAGCUCAUGCCACAGGUGAAAAAUUAUAUGAGAUAAAAAUUUUAGAAGAAACACAUAAACAAGAAAUCAGUCGUCUGCAAAACAGAUUACAAUGGUAUGCUGAAAAUCAGGAACUUCUGGAUAAAGAUGCAGUUCGGCUUAAAGAAGCAAAUGAAGAAAUUGAGAAGCUCAAACUUGAGGUUGAGAAACUGAAAGCUGAAUCUGGAAAUCCAUCUAUUCAGCAGAAGAUACGCUUAAAAGAUAGAGCAGCUGAUGCCAAAAGAAUUCAGGAUCUAGAGCGACAAGUUAAGGAAAUGGAAGGAAUUUUAAAGAGAAGAUAUCCUAAUUCUUUACCUGCUUUAAUAUUGGCUGCAUCAGCAGCUGGUGGUGAUACAGUGGAUAGAAAUACAGUGGAAUUUAUGGAAAGAAGGAUAAAAAAACUAGAAGUUGAUCUGGAGGGCAAAGAUGAAGAAGCAAAGAAAAGCCUCCGUACCAUGGAACAGCAGUUUCAGAAAAUGAAAAUUCAGUACGAACAGAGACUAGAGGAGCAGGAGCAGCUACUUGCCUACAAAUUGAAGGAAGCACCUCAGAACCAACAUGACAGGGUUAAAGCACUAGAGAAGGAACUCGACGACACUAAGGAAGCCCAUCAAAUCACUGUAAGAAAACUUGAAGCUGAAAUUGACACUCUUAAACAUCAGAAUGCUGAAUUGGAACUCAAGAAGAAUGAUAAAGAUGAUAAAGAUUUCCAGUCUAUCGAAUUCCAGGUGGAACAGGCUCAUACUAAAGCUAAACUGGUGAGACUCAAUGAGGAACUGGCUGCAAAGGGAAGAGAAAUACAGGACCUUUUGAAAACUGUGGAGAGGCUUCAGAGGGAGAGAAGAACGAUGCUAUCUAAUCAGAACUCUAAGGGUAGGGAGGAAGUGACUGCGAAAAGGAUGAAGAAAGAUGCUUUGCAUCCAGGUAAAGGAGAUGUUGUCUCCUUCCCUGGAACCUUGGGUGGCAAGCUUUACCAUCCACAUACUUUUACUGAUUCCCAUAUUUCAGAAGUUUCACAAGAAAACUACAGAUUGAAAAACGAACUGGAAAGAUUAAUUGUGGAGAGGAAUGAGCUGAAGAUGAAAUCUGAAGUAGCUAUGAACCAAUUUGAGAAUUCCAUCAAAAGGAUCAAGGAAGAUACUACAGCACACAUCACAUCUCUCAAAGAAUCUCAUCAGAGGGAAGUAGAGAAACUCCUUUGCCAAAACGCAGUAGAAAAUUCUUCUUCCAAAGUAGCUGAACUAAAUCGUAAAAUAGCAACUCAAGAGGUACUUAUAAAACAUUUCCAAAAUCAAGUUAAUGAACUGCAGGGUAAACAAGAGUCUCUUGUUGUUUCUCAAGUUCGAGAAGAAAUCCUACAGAAAGAGAUUACAAAACUCUUAGAAGAAUUGAGAGAGGCCAAAGAAAACCAUACACCAGAGAUGAAACAUUUCAUGGGCUUAGAAAAGAAAAUUAAACAGAUGGAAAUGAGACAUAAACAAAGAGAGCAGGAACUUCAACAGAUAAUACAGCAAACACACCAAGUAGUAGAAACUGAGCAAAACAAAGAAAUUGAGAAAUGGAAGAGACUAGCACAGUUGAAGAAUCAUGAGCUGGACAAGUUCCGCACGGAAUUAGACUCAAUACUAGAUGUUCUCCGAGAGCUGCACCGGCAGGGGGUGGUUGUACCUGUUGCUUUAGCAGAUGAAAUGAAUGCACCAGAGUCUUACUAGAAACUCACGUUUCAUGAGACCUCCGGGAAAGGCCUGAAGGUGGAUGAUGGCUGGGAUUGUGCCACUGUCAGAAGGAGGCUUUUGAAAACAAGUGUUCCAGUAUGUUUCCAGAAAGCAAACAACACAAAACAACAUUUCAAAAUAAAUUGCCCUUAGCCAAUAAGAAAGAAACCAAAAACAUUAUAGUGUAUUUUACUGAACAGCAUUAACCAGUCACAUUUUAAAUAACUUAUGGACAAGUCUCUUUAUGUCAGGUGAUUAGAAUUAGUGAGACUUAUUGUAAAAUUCUCACUACGGAAAGAAGAGAGAAUUGCAUAGUCUGCCACUGGUGACUAAGUGUAUUCUUCAUCCUUGGUGCCAGAAAAACAGCUCCUCUUACAGAGACACAGAAAGGAAUUUGAGCCCAGAGGCUUGGAAAAUCACAUUGACAGUCACAUUGACACCCGAGUAGGAGAGCUUUCACAAUAAUUUCAGUGAGAAUUUGUACUUUCUGUACAGGUAGACGGUGAACUCUUGUUUCCCAGAUUUCUAUUCCUACCUCUAGGUGCCUCAUUUUCGCACCUGAUGUAGGUGCGAAAUAUAUUUCAUAAGUUGUAGGGGGAUUUGAUUUAUUCAUUGUUUUAAUCUUUUAUGCUACAUGUCUUAAAUGCCAGUUUUUUGGCAUAUAACUAAGAUUAUAAACAAUAUAACAUUUUUACUUUCUCUAUUUGAAAAGUAACAUGUUCAUUAGAAAAAAUUAAAAGCGUGCAUAAAAGUAGCCUGGUUAUUUUAUUUUACAAUUCCCAUUUCCAAAAGCAGAGAGUGAGUAUGUAAGAUGCUGGUAAGUUAAAGCUGUAGCCACUUUGUUUCCAAAUGUUCUAGCUCAAUGCUAUCCAACAGAAGUAUAAUGUGAGCCACAUUAAUUUUUAAUUUUAUUGUAGCCACAUUUUAAAAGAUUAAAAAAAGCAAAGUAAAUUAAUUUUGGUAAUUUAUAUAAUCUCAUACAUCCAAAAUAUAAAAAUUGAGCUCUUACAUUCCUUUUUUCAUACUAAGUCUCCAAAUUCUGAUGUAUUUUAUAUUUAUAGCACAUUUCAAUUUGGACUAACCACAUUGCAAGUGCUCAGUAACCACAUGCUAAUAAAUGCAAUUCUAGAAUAAUAUAAAGUGAAAUACUUUAUAAAGGACAGGUGACAGAGCUCAGUGAAAUUAUAAGUGGCAAAUGUGAACUGUAGAAAUUAAAUAUAAGAAAUGCAAUGUCUUAAUGUCCAGCAUUUUAUGGUGUCCUUUUCUUA